AUGACGGCAUCUGAGCGACGUGACCUCAGUCAGCCCUAUGAUUCACCGGCGCCGUACAUUCCUCCCAACCGCAUAGUGGCUAGCAUGUACGGCUGCACACCCGGAGGUCCCGGGUUCGAGUCCCGGUUCGGGCCAAGUUUAGUUAUUGAGUCUUCCUGUAUAGUAAGUCUUAGUAACAGCCCGGAGUUGGGAAGUGGGCGGUGUUUCACCCCCGUGCCGUCGGUCCUGCGCCUUAACUCUCACUGGUCGUGUCGAGCAGUCGUCCCACCGGAGUAUGAGAGUGAUAGGAAAAGAGAGUGCACUUGUGUCUGCGCGUACACU